GUGAGACGCAGCUUUAGCUCGUGUGUGCUAAAAAGUUGUUUUCGAUCCGUUGGUGAUUUCUCUGUCUGGCCGGUUCUUGGUAUUUUCAAUAUUCCUCUUUCAAGUUUGACUGGCACCUGAGCCAGCUUAUUAUUCUUAUUGGGCCCCGGGAUAUUCGGGAAAUCCUAGAGAUAUACAGUCGACACAUUUUGCUAUGAUACAGAACGAUAAAAUUGAGUGCCAGCCACAACUAGAGGGAUUCCCGCCAGUUGAUGAAUUUGAGGAUCUGAUAACAAGGUGAUAACCUAAAUUACCAGAACUUUUAUAUUCUGAGCUUAUGAUCUAGGUAGCUUUUCGAAAAAGCGAGGCGAGACAAGGCGUUGAUCACUGCCAACAUAGCUGAUAAAAUCCGCGCUGCUCUAAUAAAUUCACGGGACAUUACCAUCAAAACACCUCAAUUUAGAUUUUGGGCAAGGAAGACGUUCAAGCUUAGCUGUGAUGGAUGGUCAAUAUGUUAUAAAGGGAAACGAGUGGCAAUUCGAGAAAACCUAUUUCAAAUAUUAACCCACGCACACCGGCAAUGUGGACAUGGAGGUCGCGACAAGACAUCACGGGAAGUGCAUAACACAUAUUCUCGGGUACCGCAAAAUAUCGUAACUAUCUUCAUCAGAAUAUGCCCAACUUGCCAAGGCCGUGGCAGGCGCUUACCUAUUUUGCGUCCAAAACAGGAAGUCCAACUUCCACAGAGUUAGCUCAACAUCUUGAUUUAAAUUGCUCAAAACUGGCAAUCAAAUCAGCGCUCAAUUCCCGAGGCUACUAUCGUUAUAUUGCACGCCGGAAGCCUCCUCUUUCUUCAAUCAAUAAAGCUAAACGACUUAGGUGGGCUCAAGAGCAUAUCAAUUGGACAUACAACGACUGGAAAACUAUACUAUGGACAGAUGAAUCUUGGGUUCUCGGAAAUCGGCAUACUCGUACUUGGAUUACACGACGGAAAGAUGAGAUAUAUGAUGAUAUGUGCGUCGUUGAACAUUUUAUAUCUCAAUAUCCUCAUCUAUCACUUAUGCAAGAUGGCGCACCUGGCCAUGGGGCUCAAGCAACGCAAAAUAAGAUACGGGAAUAUGGAAUUAAUAUGAUAUAUUGGCCCCUAUACUUCCUAGAUUUGAAUCCGAUUGAAGUGGUAAAUUUCCGAGAUCAGAUGAGCACUAUUGAACUAAGAAUAGCCUUACAAGAGGCAUGGGAUGCUGUUCCGGAGGAUUUUUUGGUGGAAUUAGUAGAAUCAAUGCCGGAGCGCUGCAAGGCUGUAGUUGAAGUUGGUGGUGGAUAUACGAGUACACAUAAUAUCCGUGACAGCCGGAAGUCACGCCACCCAGGUGGACAACGUGAUGCCUCCAGUCAGCGACUCACACAUGCAUACGAAGAAGUACCUUUGUCAAUGAACAUCCCCGAAGACACCGAACGACCUUCUGCCAUAUUGAUAAUUCCUCCUGCCUACCCAACGGACCAACCUCCUACCACAGCUCAAUACGUACACUGGUUAAAUAUAGAUAUCUCAGCCUUGCGCCCUCGCCUGACCGUCACAAUUCAAACAAGGGCGAAUGGCGGUGAACCACUGGACCGCAAGGCCUGGAAUGCAGGAGGUCUGCUAAAAGCCUGGCUCUUAUCGAGUCAGAGACAAGAAGUAUGUAUUGUUAUUUCUGUUCUACCGGGCCCUUGA